AUGAAUGAGUCAAAGGUAUUGGUUUUAGAAAACAGCAAAAGAAUCAAAUUUUCAGAUGAAAAUCAAGACGAACAAAACAAAAGCGAUGAAGCUCAAGAAUUCAGCAACAUAAAGGAAGAUGUUCAACCAAAUACGGAUGAACAUUCUCCAGAAACAACUCAAGAGGACGAUGCAACAUCAUUCACAUUUCCAAUAGAAAUCAUUUUAAAAAUCAUAUCGUAUUUAAAUGACAAGGAAGAUCUGUUCAAUAGCUUUUGUCUCUCUAAGGAAAUUUAUAUCUGCAUGUACAAGUCACCAGAUAUAAUGAGAAAUAUUGUUUAUAAAUUAAAUUGUGGUGACGAUGAAAAGUUUCUGAAAUAUCGUGGAAAGUUCAUCAGACGAUUGGUCUUAGCUUGUUUUAAAGAGGAUAGAAAAUUUUUUUUACCAUCCUUAAAUUAUACCCCAAAUGUUGAGGAUUUAACUUUAGAUGAUCUUAGAAAAAGUCGACGCUCCCUUUAUUAUGUUGAAACUGCAACAGAUUGGGAAAGUGGAACUGAUGAUGGAUCUGUUUUAACUUUAAGUGAUGAUGAAUCAGAUAAUCAAGAGUUUAUAGAUCAAGAAUAUAGAAACAUAAGAGUCAAUUCCUAUAUUAACUUGAAUAAACUUCAGAGCUUAACCAUAACUAAUGUAUUUCGAGAAUCUAUUAAAUCCCUCAGAGUUGAAAAUUUAGUAAAAUUGUCUGUGACUUUUGAAUAUGGAUAUAACACUUUUGUCAUUUUUGUUGACUUUUUCUGUGAGCUCAAGCAUUUAAAGGAACUAAUAUUUAACGGAUAUAUUAAAUUUCCAUUCCCAAAUCGAGAUUAUAAGAAAACUGCUUUAUGCAAAUUGAGAAAGAUUCAUAUGUCUUUUUGCUCAAAUUUAAAAAAUAACAAGAAUUUUGGAAGGUUCCUUGAAGCUCAAGCAACAGAAGUUGAAGAAAUGAAUCUUGGUCUUAAUCUUAAUGAAGACAUUUUUGAUACAAUUUUCAUGAAAUUCGCAAAACUGAGAAGAUUAACAUUAAGUUUCAGUGAGAGUUACAAUUUUUUGUCCAGUGACCAUCCUGAAUGGGAGCUUCCUACUUUGAAAUACUAUAAACAGAGCUAUGGAACAACUAUUAACUUGCUUAAUUUAGCAAAUAAAUUUCCAAAUCUCAAAACCUUUGUUGGAAGUUCCAAUUUAUCUGUUAAUCUAGAAAAUUUUGGACAUAAGUUCUUAGACUUGAAUGUGGAAGGGAUUGCAAAGCUUAUUAAUGGACAAUUCCUGACCAUCCUUUUGAGUUCAAUUGAUGUUAAAUUGCUUGAUCUGAAUGAACUUAAAAGUGCUUCAUUCCCAAACUUAAUUUGUCUUAAAGCUGAUACAAUAAUCGGAUUUAAUAAAGAUGAUUGGAAAGAUUUUACAAUUGGUCUCAAGAGUUUAGAGCAUGUAAGCUUUAAAAAUUUAGAUAAUCGUAGUAUUGAAGAUAUGCCACUUCCAUCAUUCAUAUCUAUAAUUUUUAUGCAUUUAAAAGACAUUAAAACUCUAAAGACGGUUAGGUUAAGCUUUAAUAAUGAAACAAUAACGAUUGAUUUGGCACAGAAAUCUGUCAAAUAUAGUUGGUCGUUGGAUUACGAUUGCUCUUAUUUAAAAGAUGUUUUAAAUAUUUUUACGGAUUUCGAACUUUUGGAAUGUAAAAAUUAA